AUGACUGCGAACAAGGAUUGGCUGGCCUACGUCCUCGAGCCGCACACUCUUCUAACGGACUUGGGGCAUCUUACAGAUGACUACAAAGUUAGUUUGAUGCGUUCCUUCCUCGCCCAGGCCGAAUGUCACGACCGUCGCCUCUCCUCUGUGUCAGUCGGCGAAGAGGAGAAGCUAAAUUCUGAAAACCCCUCCCCAUCUUUAAACGCUAUUCCUAUAAAUUACGACAAAUCAAGGACUCUCGACUGUCUCGCAGUGGUGAUUGCAGCGCACUUUCGCUUCAACGUCAACCUCUUCGCUGGCAUGAUCACAGAAUUGCCACUUCGGCUUGCCUCGCGCCUCUAUCGCAUGCUUUUCCAUACCCUGUUAGAGCGCAACAGUCGUGGCUCCACAGAAAGUGGCGGCGCCUGUACGACACCGUAUGAUUUGGGACCAUGGGACAGUCUGGAACCCACUCUGGCCUUCGCGACUCUGGUCUACCAUCUGUGGUGCUUGCAGGUGGCGCUAUCGGAUAGUAUGCUGUCUCUGCCGAACCGCGAUAUGACACCUGCGGUGUGGGGUCUUUCGGAGGUGCCGGAUCAGGCUUUCUUGCAGGACAGUCGGGCGGACCGCGAAGCUCUUCUUAUGCGUCACGAGGAGUCAGCUUUGCGUGUUCACGACCUUCUGCGUCGUCUGCAAGCGAACGAGUCUGCUGUAAGCGUUGCUCGUCCCACACCAGCCUCCCUUGCCAUCACCAGGACAGUCUCGGGAGGGGAGGUACCUCUUUCGGCCAAUCGUCUUGUGGCCGGGACUUCAUUCACUCUCGGACGCCUGGCUUUCCAACAUAAUCUGCUAGAAAGGGCUACAGAACUCUUUAUUCUGGCACAGAAGGCCAUCGCCGCUGCGAAGUUGGAGUAUAUAGAAGAGGCUGGAAUGACAUCCCUUCUGGUGAAGAGCUACUUGACAUGUUGCCAACAGCAGCAACUCCCACGCUUGCUGCCAACGCCGUCGCCUAUUACAGGUCACUGGCACCUCGUUGACGUAUUUUGCACCACCCUGCGUCAAAGCCUCGAUGCAAAUGAUCCGGAAUUGUUUUCUCUCCUCGCCUUUUCCAUCCCUUCUCCGGUGAGGGCAAACCUGCGCGGAUCAUCUUCAUCUUCGUCGUCAUCCAUGGGAGAGGUCGAAAAGGGGACAGCGAAGGGCAAGUUUUUGCAGGAGGAUCUAAUCGCUGCUCUCGAGGUGGAUAUCUCGAUGUCUAGAUCCACCGUUCUACAACUCGGUUUUGGACUGCGACGCUACUUACAGCAGCUGAUCCAUGAGGCACUUGUCACUUUGACUGCCCGUUGUGCCAACUCGCCGAGGAAAGAAAUCACUCAUCUGAGGAGGGUCUUCCACGAUUGGCGUUCCUUCUACACCAAGGUGGUUGUGAGUAAUGGAAUGAAGGGAAUUCUCCAGUCGUCGUCAGUUCAAAGCGCUGCUUUUUGUGAGACUCUACUGUCGGUCACUGGGGUAGACGAUGCACCCUCGAUUGAUGCGAAAGAGGCAGCAGGCAUUCUCUUCACCGGUCUCGAUCGUCUUCUUUGUGGAGAUAGUACCGGAAAGACCGAGGUGAUAAACUUCAUCGGUGACUUUCUUGUCAGAAUUCGAUUGAUGCUUUCUGGAGGAAGAUCCACUGCAGCUUCACGUACUGCUAUGGUCUUUGUUGAUGCACUGGCAGGUUCGGCUUUGAUGAACUCUCUGCCCACUGAUUUCCAAACUAUCACCGAAGCCCUUCAAAAAGAUCGAAGGUUGGACAAGCAGGCGCCCGAUUACCUUUUCAAUGAUCUUCCAGACGUGGCAGCAGGGUGCACACUUCCGCCACCCCUUGUUGUGCCACAAGUUCACCGGGGUCACUUGUAUCCCGAAACUCGAACCACCUCGCCCUUCUCCCUCCUCAUCACCAGUUCCAAUCCCAAGAUUGUACUAAAUGCCUGCACAGAUCUGCUAAAUACUGGGUUGUCUGUGGAAGUUAUUCUUCGGUCCGGUGGGUGGGUGGAUACCAUCUUGCCGAGUGUAAUCAAGUGGAUCACUCCUUCUGACCUGCCUUCUAAACAAAGACGCGAUGCGUCUUCAACUGGGGGUUUGCCUCCACGUCAUUUGUAUGAAUUCCUCGCCGUAGCGUUGGAGAAUGGUCAGUGCUGCCUCCCACCACUCCUGCUACUGCUGCGUGCAAUCGAUUUUCGCAGGGAGCGUGGAGACUAUGAGGCGGCGACAGCUUUCUGUGUGGCAGCAAAUCACGUUUUGCCACCCCUUGGACAAGGAGCGCCGGGCGGUCCCACCGGAGGCGGUGGUGGGGGUGGAGCGCUUUGGCGACGCAGUCUCCCUCGCUGGAUUCGUGGGAUCAUGGAACACGAGGCUGUGGUUGUGGACCUCUUGAAGAGUAUGAAUUGCAACAGUUUCUCCUUCACCUCGUCCCAAUUGCGAGUUGAGGAGGCGGAAUUGGUGAGUCGGUGUAAAGCCAUCUUGGCCAAUGAUUUGGGACCGGACGCGGUGAUUUCAGAUGACCUCGUGUCGUGCGCUGCUUGCUACCUUCUAAUCAAGGAACCGGCAUUUUUGUCGACUCUUGGUAGCGGCCCUCCGAUGCUGGAAUUCAUCACAUGUCUCCACAAACUCUCAAUGGAGAAGGAGAAAUCUCCUCUUGCGGUACGCGACCUCUGCAUCAACCGUCUUUCAAUCUGGCUUAGACCGAUCCUCGAGGUACCGUCCCCACUUCCACCACCGCCACCACCUUCCAGAAUGUCGAGAGACCCACGACACUUAGCAACGGUCACUGGGGCAGGAGGUAGUGGCAGUCCUGCGUUGACAUCAAACACUCCGAUCCCUCCACCCAACACUGAUCCUCUGCGGUUUCUGGUUCGACUCCUUACACAGGUGCAAGGUGAUGGAGUUCAUCGUCGGCUUCUCGACUGUUUCAUCACCUGCUUAGCUGGAUGUUUCAUGAGUAUCCAGCCUCUGUUUAAAACCGACACAAUCGCAGAAAUCUGGCUCUCUCUCCCUCCUCUCUCGGGUGUUGCACCACAGGCUUUAGCGGAGACAUUGCAAUUCGCGUUGACGUGUGGCAUCAGUGCGGAGCCACGAAACGUGAAAUGGCUCCUCCUUCAAGCAGACCUUCAGAUGGCAUCAACAAAUGCGGAUUCCAGAGCAGUGCUAUCUCUAAUUCUACAGGCAGCGGCAGUGGCGAGCGACUACUUUGCACGACCUGUACCGUCGAGUGUGUUCACUGAACGCACACUCGCAGCGAUGGUUCAGUGCUGCAGAUCACUGGGCUGCAUUGGCGAAUCGAUAGUCCUCUGUCAAUUUGGAUCCGACAGGCGUGCACUGGUCACCACGGGUCUUCAGAUCAUCGAGUCCCUUCGCUGUGAGGGAAAUCUCGCGCUGCCAUACACUUUCGACUCGCUGGACGGCAUUGCCGCGUUCCUCUGGAAUCUUGACCUACUGGAGGCCCUGGCCAACCUCCAGUUCUCCAAUUGUUCUCAGUCCAAAAGGACAACUUUUUUGCGAUGCAUCAACCAGCCUGAGGUGAAUGCCUCCAACACAAGGGAGAUUCUUCAAAUGACGAGAAACAAACGAGCCACGGAGUUCCUUCGACACCUUUCCAGUCAGAUGUUAAUGUAA